AUGCCCGUCGCCACACCUCACGCACCCCAGCCAUCUCUUGUAAACACCCUCAAGGCCAGCGUCUACCACGUAGAGCACAAGGAGCACAGCGAGGAGCCAUUCAACCUCCGCUCAUUCGCCCACUUUGACUCGGCCCCCUCCAUCGGCACAGAGUUCCGCGAGUUCUCCAAGGAUGGCAAGCCAGUCAUCGAUAUCCGUGACUUGCUCGGCGACGAGACCAAGAUCCGCGCUCUUGGGCGACUGGUCUCGGAGCGAGGCGUCGUCUUCUUCCGUAACGCCAUCAUCACGCCCGAAGAACAGCGCGUCCUCAUCGACACUCUCGGCCGUCUCGGGGGCAAGCCCAAGGACAGCGGAUUGCAUAUUCACCCGCUUACUGCGACCGCCAGCAAGCUCGGGGACGACGUGCAAGUCAUCUCGAACGAGUAUUCCCACGACUUUGACAAGGGCGGUAUCAAGACCAACCAGGGUGAGAUCUUGAAGCGCGAAUUCGGCAAGGACCUCUGGCACUCUGACAUCACGUUCGAGCCUUACCCUUCCGACUAUGCCUCUCUCACGAUCAGGACGUUGCCCGAAGUCGGCGGCGACACUCUUUGGGCAUCGGCCUACGAAGCAUACGAUCGUCUCUCCCCCCUCUACCAAACCUUCCUGGAAUCCCUCACCGCCACCCACGCUGCCAAACAGUUCAUCCCCGGCGCGAUCGCCCAGCGCGGGGACGCCUUCGGCCAGCCGAGGGGUCAUCCCGAGAAUGUCGGCACAGAGCUGGAAGCCGUGCAUCCUGUUAUCAGGACCCACCCAUUGACGGGAUGGAAGGGCCUUUUCGUCAACAAGGAGUUUACGAAAAAGAUCAACGAGCUCACCCUGCGAGAGAGCGAUACGCUUUUGGAUUUCUUGUUUGAACACGUCUCGUCGAACCACGACCUUCAAGUGCGAUUCCGCUGGGAGAAAAACUCGCUCGCGAUCUGGGACAACAGAAUCACAUUCCAUGCUGCUACCAAGGAUACCGACGGGAUCUUGAGAAUCGGUACGAGGUCUGUCAGUGUGGGAGAGAGGCCGUACUUUGACCCCAAGUCGGUUGGGAGAAGGGAGGGGCUUGCAAAGGAAGCGGCGGGAGAUGCUGUCGCCUGA